AAAACGACAAGAUGGCGGUCGAACGCGAUCACCGGCUGUCUCCUCUCAAUCGUACAGAUUUUCGCAGAUUUUGAGAAAUAAUUGAGGAUGAGAAAUCUAACCAAUCAUCACAAGUUUACAUAUAUAUAUAAUCUAUAUAUAUAUGUAUAUGCAAGUAGCUGCUCGUGCUUCUACGGAAAUCGUCGGUGCUUUACGGGAUCGUCGGUGGCGCCACUGGCGUAUGGCACUGGUGCAGCGGAGCGGAGCGAGGGGAUGAGAAACACGGAGCGAAACGAUCAGUCGUCGUAAGUAGCGGUGUGCGCGAAUCUUGCCAACGGGGUCUGAUUGUCGUCGAUGUUGCAUCCAAGCGAAACGCGUCUGUCACGCGUUCCCGUUCGUUGUCAGCAAGCAACAUCCAAUAGUGCAUCUCGCGUACACGCGUACAGAAACAUGAUCGGUCCGGGAAUUCGUCGCUGUUACGUGGUUACGCGGUCGUGUUGUCGGGUCAAGUAAUCACGUAGCCCGAUGUUAGUGCCCUUCUGACGCGAGGGAUCGGAUUUAAAGAGCGGUGCGUACGCGCGUACGAGCCAGCCGCUGAACAAGCGUGUCUCCCGAGUGAGUGUCACGGGAUCCCGAACAACAAUUGUCGUUUCGCAGUACGCGAGAGGAGAGAAUAGAAGAGGUUCGUCGUCGCGCCCAAAACACACAAGACAUGGAACGCGCGGAGAACGACUUCGAGUUCACGGUGCCGCCAGAAGCACCGGUGUUCGAGCCCACUAACGACGAGUUUCUAGACCCUCUGGCUUACAUCGCGAAGAUACGCCCGAUCGCCGAGCAGUCCGGCAUCUGCAAGAUCAAACCACCGCCUAAUUGGCAGCCACCUUUCGCCGUGGACGUGGACAAGUUCAAAUUCGUUCCGCGAAUACAACGGCUAAACGAAUUAGAAGCCAAAACGAGGAUUAAACUCAAUUUUUUAGACCAAAUUGCAAAAUUUUGGGAACUGCAAGGUUCAUCCUUGAAGAUUCCGCUUGUGGAACGGAAGGCUCUGGAUUUGUAUUCGUUGCAUAAAAUAGUUACCGAGGAAGGCGGUAUAGAUACGGUAACGAAGGAAAGAAGAUGGGCAAAAAUCGCCAACAAAUUGGGUUACCCGUCCGGACGAAGCGUGGGCAGUAUAUUGAAAGGACACUACGAGAGAAUUUUAUAUCCUUUUGACGUCUUCAGACAAGGAAAAGCAUUGUCAGAUAUUAAAAUUGAACCAGAAUCCGAAGAAAAAAAUGAGAAAAAAGAUCGCGAUUACAAACCUCACGGUAUAAUAUCGCGGCAACAGAUCAAACCUCCGAACGAGAAAUUCUCACGACGAUCCAAGCGAUUUUCUGGACAAGAAGAGAAGCAGGAUGUGUCGAUUAAAGACGAGUGCAAGGAGGAGUGCGAUUCGGACAAUGAGUGCAAGGAGAAGAUAAAAAUUAAGCAUUUUAAUGACACGGAUAAGAGUAAGGAACUCAAGAAAUUACAGUUUUACGGCCCAGGUCCCAAAAUGGCCGGUUUUAAUACCAAAGAGGCGAAGAAAUCUAACAAAACGCGCGGUUUAAAGCUUGUUUACGAAUUCGAUCCGUUAGCGAAAUAUAUUUGUCACAAUUGCGGGAGAGGCGACAAUGAGGAGAACAUGUUACUCUGCGACGGUUGCGACGACAGUUAUCACACUUUUUGCCUUAUGCCACCAUUGACGGAAAUACCGAAGGGCGAUUGGCGGUGUCCUAAGUGCGUCGCUGAAGAGGUCUCGAAGCCAAUGGAGGCGUUCGGCUUCGAACAAGCGCAGAGAGAAUACACAUUACAGCAAUUCGGAGAAAUGGCUGAUCAAUUCAAAAGCGAUUAUUUCAAUAUGCCAGUACAUAUGGUCCCGACGUCUUUGGUGGAAAAAGAAUUUUGGCGAAUAGUAUCGUCCAUCGACGAAGACGUAACUGUCGAAUAUGGCGCCGAUUUGCAUACAAUGGAUCACGGGUCUGGAUUCCCGACGAAAACUAGCGUUAACUUAUUCACUUGCGAUCAAGAAUACGCCGAAUCGUCGUGGAAUCUGAAUAAUUUGCCGAUAUUGCGCGGCAGCGUUCUGGGUCACAUUAACGCCGAUAUAAGCGGCAUGAAAGUUCCCUGGAUGUACGUCGGUAUGUGCUUCGCAACAUUCUGCUGGCACAACGAAGAUCACUGGAGCUAUUCCAUCAAUUAUCUGCACUGGGGCGAGCCGAAGACGUGGUACGGAGUCCCAGGCUCUCAGGCGGAACGUUUCGAACAGUCCAUGAAAUCCGCCGCGCCAGAACUAUUUCACAGUCAGCCUGAUCUGUUGCAUCAACUUGUUACUAUCAUGAAUCCUAAUAUACUAACGAAUGAAGGCGUACCAGUGUUCAGAACUGAUCAGCACGCAGGCGAGUUUGUUGUAACAUUUCCGAGAGCGUAUCACGCAGGUUUCAAUCAGGGUUAUAAUUUUGCGGAAGCUGUCAAUUUCGCACCUGCGGAUUGGCUAAAAAUCGGACGAGAGUGCAUCACGCAUUAUUCAAAUUUGAGAAGAUUCUGUGUGUUUUCCCACGAUGAGCUAGUUUGUAAAAUGUCUCUGGAUCCAAACCUAUUAGAUAUUGGAGUAGCAACAGCUACUUAUUACGACAUGCUGCAGAUGGUAGAGGAUGAGAAAAAACUACGGAAAAAUCUGCUAGAUUGGGGUGUAACAAAAGCAGUACGCGAAUACUUCGAGCUUCUACCGGACGAUGAGAGACAGUGCGAAGCGUGUAAGACCACCUGUUUCCUCAGUGCGGUUACAUGUUCGUGUCACAGCUCACAGUUGGUUUGUCUAAGACAUUUUUCUGACCUGUGCGACUGUCCACCAGAAAAGCAUACUCUGCGAUACAGAUAUACAUUGGAUGAAUUGCCCACCAUGUUGCAAAAGUUGAAACUUAAGGCUGAGUCGUUUGACUCGUGGGUGACCAAAGUGAAGGAAGCAAUGGACCCUAAAAGCGAUAAAAUUGAAUUGAGCGAACUGAAGGAAUUGCUGAACGAGGCGGAAAACAAAAAGUUUCCUGACAGUGAAUUGCUCACUGCUCUGACAACUGCUGUGCAGGAUGCUGAGAAGUGUGCCAGUGUUGCGCAACAGCUCUUAAAUAACAAGCAACGUACCAGGACUAGGCAUACAGUUGAUACCAAGUACAAACUGACAGUAGAAGAAUUGACACUUUUCUACAAGGAAAUAACCAAUCUCUGCUGUGAGCUUAAAGAAUCGGACGGUGUAAAGUUCAUACUCGAUCAAGUAUUACAGUUCCAAAAGGAUGCGGAAGAAUUGGAUUCCAAAGAAGAAAAUUGUGACAUCGAGAAACUUGAGAAGUGUAUCGAUUUUGGUGAUUCUAUCUGCAUUGAACUUCCUGAACUAGUACGAUUGAAACAGAGAUUGACACAAAUACAGUGGCUGGAAGAAGUGAAGUCUCUUCAGGACGAUCCUAAAUCCGUCAGUCGGGAAGAAUUAGCGAAAUUAAUCGAUAAAGGCAUAACAAUACCACCUCAUUUUAGUAUCGAGGACACUCUGACGAAAUUACACGCGUUAACAAAAGAGAUCGAUGAAUGGGAAGAAAAAACUACGGCGUUCUUGCAAAGCAAGUCUAAACGCACAAUCGCGGAAGUGGAGGAGUUUAUUAAAGAGGCAAAUAAAGUUCAGGCGUAUCUACCGAGUUUGGACAAUCUCGAGGAUGUGUUGAGCAAAGCGAAAAACUGGACAAAUAUGGUGGAAGAAGCAACGAAGGAAAACAAUUUACCUUUUUACGAUACUUUGGACGAUAUGAUAAGGAAAGGCAAGAACAUCCCGUUGCAAUUAGACGCCCUCGCGCAACUGGAAACCACUUUGUCGCAGGCAAAAGCGUGGAAAGAGAAGACGGCAAAGACAUUCCUUAGAAAGAACUCGCGAUACACGUUGAUGGAAGUGCUGUCGCCGCGAAUUGGCGUUGGCGUGCAAGCGAUGAAGACCAAAAAGAACAACAAAGGCGACGAGAGCGUGGGAGCCGUUUAUGUCUGUGAUACUAAAUUGGACGAGUCCAGUGAUCAGGCAGACGUGGUAGCUGCUUUUAGAGUGGCGCAGCAACGCGAGAUGGAUGCGAUGAGAAGUUUGAGAGAGAGAAACCUGCUGAAAAUGAAAGCGGAAGAAGAUUCGAAAUACUGUCAUUGUAAGCAACCGAGAUACGGCAUUAUGUUUCAAUGUGAGCUCUGCAAAGACUGGUUUCACACAAACUGUGUACCCUUGUCUAAGAUGUUCAACAAAGGUAAAUCACCAGCGCCGAAGGACAUGAGAUUUUUGUGUCAGAAUUGUCUGCGUUCACGUCGACCUCGCCUGGAAACGAUACUAGCCCUCUUACUGAAUCUCCAUGAAAUCCCGAUCCGGUUGCCGGAAGGCAUAGCAUUGCAAUGCUUAACAGAACGAGCGAUGAAUUGGCAGGCUCGAGUGAAGACAUUAUUUGAAACUCAAGAGGUAGACACGAUAAACAAGAAACUCAACAUGAUGUCGCAAAAGUUGGUAGAAGCGGCGGCAAGGGAAAAGACGGAGAAAAUCAUUAGCAGCGAGUUGAAGAAAGUAGCGAAUAAUUCCGAAUUGCAGCAACGAGUGCAAAACAUCGCGUCUGCCAGUGGAGCACAUUCGGAUGAUAGCGCGCUCAGUGCUGCCGAUGAAGACGACGAUAUUAUUGACGCUGAACCGUCAUGUAGUACUUUCAACAGUAAUGAGCAUGCAUAUUCAUACAUCUCGAAGGUUCGGCGGAAAACUCAAUCGAGUGACGGCGAAUCGUUGAGUAUGUUGUCGCAAAGCGCGAGAUCGCGUUUGGAGGAAUUGAUGAUGGAGGGCGAUCUUUUGGAGAUCGAACUGGAAGAGACGCAAAAGAUCUGGCGUAUCUUGAGUUACAUGAACAACAAUCAGAACACAAUGCGGAAAUACAAGUCGCUGGAAGAGAUUCAGACGAACACCACUCAGGAAGUGAAAGACGUCAAGAAACGUGGUAGGAAGAGAAAAUCGGAGGAGUUGGAAUUAUUGAAGAAACCUGUGAAGAAGAUCGAAGAGAAGAAUACCGUGAUAAAGCGCAGCAAGAGCAAUCCGGCCGCCAAGGAGAAGAGGCAGAGCAAUUCGCCUGUCCCCGUUAAGCGCGGACCUCGAAAGGUGAAACGUAAGAGCGAGGGUGAGGAAACACCUAAGAAACGAGGUGGUAAUCGCACAAAGAAGACCAAGCAAGAGAGCUCGGACGAAGAAGACGACUGCGCGGCGGAAAACUGCUUACGGCCUAGUGGUAAAGAAGUUGAUUGGGUUCAGUGCGACGGUGGCUGCGAAGGUUGGUUCCAUAUGCACUGUGUCGGAUUGGAUCGCACUGAUAUCGCGGAAGAAGACGAUUAUAUAUGUAGCAACUGUAAAGACGCCGAUCAAAGUGCAUCGUAGUCGUGAUCCAUGUCAGAUCUGGUUGAGAGUGAUUGAGGUUGUUUGGAUGCACUUCUUUCCCUUUCUCAGCCUCAGGGAAACCACGGCGGCACCAGCGACACGGAAGCGGACGUCUAGAAAAAAAACAUCACUCUUCCUAGGAUCUACUUCGUACUAAAGUACUUCUUGUCGUCCGUUACUCCCACACGAGGCCUUGGGGCGUUUGCGAUAAUUGCGACUCUCUCAAUCUUUUUGCAAAGUCUCGCGAUACGAAGUUAACGUUAAAAUAUCUCUCAACUACUGUUAUCUACUACCGGCGUUACAGAUCACACCAUUUAUCAUUCGAUUACAAUUUACAAACACAUAAAUGCGCGUGCGUGCGCCGCGCAACUCGACAAUGUCAAGUAUUAUAUAUAGUGAGGUCAAAAAAUUACAUUAUACACAUCAAUGCAAACACGUACACCAUGGUGAACGCGAAGAUUUGUCUUUCUUAGAAUAUUAGUAACGCACCGCUAGUCAGUCAACUAGUUGCAAUUUACAAAUGUUGCACAAUGCACAAUAUAUUUGCGAAGAUAAUUUAAGAUCAUUUUCUUUGUGCUUCCACACACACAACAUGCAUAUGCUCGUUAUUAUCCGAUGUAUCCGUGAUUGUACGAAAAAGAAAAAAAAACAACCAAGCGUCUCUGUUUUCUCUUGUUCGAAAUGACUGCGGAAUUAUUUUACUUUUACGUGCGUAUCUCCUUUCGUUGAAUUGUUUUGUUUUCCCCAUCUCUUUUUUUUACAAGAAGAAAAAAAAACAACCGAUAAUUUCAUAUAAUUUUGCUGAUAAUAUGAACGAAUCACGGAUGAACCGUGAUACGACGCUCUCCUUGAUCUUGUUAAUUGAUCAAAGAAAAAUAUUUUUGUUUGCGUAGUUUUUAUACGUAUUAUAUCUCGCGCUUCUCACCGUGAAAUGUCAAUCGAUACGAUCUGUAACAACAAGUUACCUUACCUUGACUCUGUGUAAGAACAAGAUUUUGACCGCAGCAAGCAUUGCGAGUCACAGUAAUAUAUCGGGCGAAAUAAGAGAAACGACACAACAAAUAUAUACUUCUUCACCCAUAUACUUGUGUGAGCGCAGUGAUAAAAUAAAACCGAAACUCUUAUCGUUCCAAAGUAUCGUGUCGUUAUGUUGUACGAUGAUACCGUCGUGGACCUUUUGUAUCGGUUUUUACAUUUCUGAGGCGCACAAACGCGACAAGCAAGGAUUUUUCCUUUGUGCCGAGCGGUAAAUGUACAGAAUAGAGACUGAGAGAUUGCGUGUAUCAUGAGUAGAAUAUACAUAUAUAAAUAUGUUAUAGGAUAUAGUAGAAUUAUAUUACCGAGAGGUCUGGAGAGCUAAGCAAACUAUAGUUUGUAUAAAAUAAAAAGAAAACGUUUAACACAACAAGCAGAUGAAUAGCAUAUCUACUCUGCCUUCCCGAAACAGUAAUCUAUAAAUAGUGCACACAUUGUGGUCGAUGUAAUUCCGCACCCAGAGGCUAUCGUUUGCGUUCACGUUUCCUUGUACUUUUUCCAAUGUUUUUCGUUAUCAUAUCGUUUUUCUUUCGUCAUCGCAUAUAUAUAUACAUAUUCGAAAAAUUAAUAUAGUUUUUAACUAUAGGUAAUACUACUAUAAUUUUAUCUAUUUUAAUUAUAUAAUUUUCUACAAUAGUAAUACAUUAUAUUUUCUUACUUGUCUUGACGUAGGUAGAUAGGUAAAACGCGCACGCGUGUGCGCGGCGCAUAUUUCUUUCAUGUAAAUAUUUUUCACAGAACGACUAUGUGCGCAUCGUUAAAUAAUUUUCCGUUUAUAUUUCGGUUUUCCUUAUCAUAUAUCACAUUUAUUGAAUAAAAACAAUACAAAAUAAAAUGUAAGAAUUAAAAAUAAAAACGAUAGUUUUUUUUUUGUUUUAAAUUGUUUGUUCCUAGUAGUAUUUCCAAGUAAGAGAUUAAAAUUAAGAUGUUGAGCAGUUAAAUUUUUUUUAAAGAUUACAUGUGUGACACAAUAAGUUAUGAUAAGGAUAUUAAUUUUCGUAUUGGAGUAAAUAAUCGAUAAAUAUAGUAAGUUUUACGCAUUGAAGUCGGUAAUCGAAGUACAAGAUUUACUAAUUUUCUUUUUAUAACGCAUCGAGUUUUCUCGCUCCCCGACACAUUUAUUAUUUUAUAUGUUACAAAAUACGUCUCAAAAUUAAUAUUUUAUUUAUCAACAAAAUAUUAAUUUUGUAAUUUAAUCAAGCGUCGUCAAUCAACUUCUGUAAAUUUCUUUCUGUAAAAUUUUAACAUCCGUUUCACGUGAAAUGUCAUUAUUUGGAAAAAUCGCUUUAUACGAAAAUGUCCAUCCAAUGUGAGAUGUACGCGGGACGCGCAGAGUGCUUUGUAUAAAAGCUGAACAGAAUUUUUAUUGUAGAAUAAGACACGCGCGAAUACAAAGCGUAUGAAAAGAUCUCUGUACAGUUGCUCGUUUAAACAAAUGUUAUAUAUAUAAAAAAAAAAAAAAAAAAAAAAAAAUCCUGAGUUUCUACACGAAGAAAUAAAAUCGUGAGGGGUGGGAAAGGGGUUGAGAACGCACAGUGUGUUUUAAAUAUUUGUAUAGCGAUGUAAAAUGCGCGAAUUGCCGGACAACCUUGACACUUAAUGAAUGAGCUCUGUCAAUAAAACACGGACAGAAUUAUAACUGUUAAUUAUAGCGUAAGAGAAAGAGAGAAAAAGAGACCUGGAAAAUUUGAUUAACAUUGCAAACUUACUGAACGAACUUCGGCCACUUAGUACAUUGUCGGCAAUGAGAUGAAUGCUACGUUUCAUUUAAAACAGGCUGUGAGACAAAAGAAUCGAUGUGACACACGUAUAUUUUUGUACAGAAUCAGAAAAGUCCAUUGAUAUCAACAAUUUCUUCGAUUGUUGUGCCGGACACGACAGGUAAUGUUGUGGUGUGUAAAAGUUUUAUUAACGACGGGAUUUUACAAAAAUUGUUGACACACGCAUUUUAAUUAAUGGCGUUGGUUUUUCUUCAUUUCAAUUCUGUUUUUCUUUCUUUUGCAAAAAAAUUUUUUGAUUUUCGUGC